CCCCUUUGUGGGAGACUUGUGAUGUGGAAACCCCAAGACGUGCCCCAGCUGACACAUCCUGUCCCCUUGUCAGCUGCAGACUCUGUCCUCUCACCCACUGGCCCCAGGACGGUGCGGGCCACAGGGGUCUGGACAUGUGUCCCCACUCCAGCACCUUCCUGGCCCUUGUGCUCUGCCUGGCCCGGGUGCUCCACGCUCAGACAGGGACCCUGCCUCCGCCCACCAUCCACGCUGAACCGGCCGCCGAGAGCCCCCUGGGGCAGUGUGUGACCGUCGUGUGCCGGAGCCCCGCUGCCUUUGACGUAUUCCGCCUGGAGAAGGAGGGCGGUGCCUUGAAACCAGAUGUGAGCAAGCCGACACCGCACGACACAGAAGCCCGGUUCUCCUUCACUGCAGAUAAAGGCACUGAAGGGCACUACCGCUGCCUCUAUUAUAGAAACAGAGCAUGGUCUGAUCGCAGUGCGACGCUGGACCUAGUGGUGACAGAGACCCCUGGAAGUGUCGGCUCCUCCCCACCACGGACCUGCAACUCGACUGGAGACACUCAGACAUAUGGCGACGACAGUAACAGCCUAGACCUGUCAACAGAGCAUGUCUAUAUUCUCGUCGGGGUCUCUGUGGCCUUGUUCCUUUGUCUCCUCCUCCUGGCUCUUGCCCUCCUGUGUGGUCAGCGUCAGAAAAAGCGCAAGCUCCCCAGCAGCCGGGGUGAGGAGCAGAGGCCCCAGGAAAGGGUCAGCCCAGCUGUUGACCUCGAGAAGACACCAGAUCUGCCAUCAGUUGACAGACUUCCUGAGGAGGACAGGGAAGCACCCAGCCCAACCCCUGCUGCAGGAAGCCCCCAGGACGUGACGUACGCUCAGCUGGACCAGCAGGUCCUCACACAGAGGACGGCCCGAGCCACGUUCCCGCAGUCGGUGGAGCCCACGGCUGAGGCCAGCACAUACGCAUCCCUGGCCAGACGCUGAUUCACGCACACCUGGCCUCUGCUCCGAGACAUGAAGUCACUCCUGCCAGAGCGUCAAGUGGCCGCUGGAGGGCUUCUCUUUGGAAUCCUCCCUUUCUGAAAAGCCAUGCAGUCAGCUCUCCUGGAGGCAAGAGCUGAACUCCAGAGGUCCCCGGUCAACGUCUAGGAGAUUCAUUAACCGCGUGGUCCCUCCGGAAAUCAGCUAGACGCUUGGAGAGAACGAGUACCACUUAAUUUGCAAACACCCAGGGCUACAGUCCCCCGGCAGUUUCCAGAGACUCAGCUACGGCCCCACAGUCACCCAGGUGAUUCCGGAUGUGUCCCGUGUGUCCCCAAUGGCCCCAGAGACUCUGUUUCAAUUGUCCACUCAGCCGGCCCCUAAGACUUUCCAGAGUUCAGUGGUGGACCCUGAGCCCGGGCUACACUGGGCAGCUGGUAGCUGAGACCCCGUUUCCUGGGUUACGCUUAGUGUUGUUCAUCAAUAAAUGUUUUCACAGGCCCAGCCUGCAGCAGCUCUGCACACGGGGCCGUGGUCCCAGUGUCUGCUUA